AUGAGAUCUCCAUUUUUCCCACACACUAGAAUCAACAAAUUCAGACACAGCACCUCCUCCACUCUCCCCCAUUUUUCUCUCAAGAACGUUAUUCCAAUGGCUCGUUCGGCUCUGGAUGAGAUGUCGGCUACCGGGGCCUUUGUUAGGACCCCAUCGACUUUUCGUAACUUAAUUUCAAGGGAGCCCAAUUCUCCUUUCCCAGCUGAGCCCGGAAGAUACCAUCUGUACGUGUCGUAUGCUUGUCCUUGGGCAUCAAGGUGCCUCGCGUACCUUAAAAUCAAAGGGCUCGACAAAGCUAUCAGUUUCAGUUCGGUUAAACCGAUAUGGGGGCGCACAAAGGAGACAGACGAGCACAUGGGAUGGGUUUUCCCUGAUUCGGAUACUGAAGAACAGGGUGCCGAGCCAGAUACCUUAAAUGGAGCGGAAAACAUACGACAAUUGUACGAGCUUGCUAGCACAAAUUACUCGGGAAAAUACACAGUUCCGAUUCUUUGGGAUAAAAAGCAGACAACGAUUGUGAACAACGAGAGUGCAGAGAUAAUCCGCAUGUUAAAUACCGAAUUCAACGACAUAGCAGAAAAUGCUUCGUUGGACCUUUAUCCUCCUCACUUGCAAGCCCAAAUCAAUGAAGUAAACGAUUGGAUAUAUGAUGGGAUCAAUAACGGCGUUUAUAAAUGUGGGUUCGCCAAAAAACAAGAACCUUACAACGAGGCUGUAACGAAAUUGUACGAAGCUUUGGACAAAUGCGAAGAGAUACUCAGCAAGCAACGAUAUUUGUGUGGCGACACACUAACCGAGGCAGAUAUCCGCCUGUUUGUUACUCUCAUAAGAUUUGACGAGGUUUAUGUGGUUCAUUUCAAAUGCAAUAAGCAUUUGCUACGCGAGUAUCCUAAUAUCUUCAAUUACACGAAAGACAUAUUCCAAAUCCCGGGAGUUAGCAGUACAGUUCACAUGGAGCACAUUAAGAAGCAUUACUAUGGAAGCCACCCAUCGAUUAAUCCUUUUGGGAUUAUUCCUCACGGCCCGAAUAUCGACUAUACUGCUCCACACGACAGGGAUAGGUUUUCUAAGUAA